GGAGCCUCACUUGUGUAGCUGUCAUGCUGUAUCUUUUCCCAGGAAACCUAUGUUGUGACUACCGCCUGCCCACAGAUUUGUAGCUCUUUCGUGGUUCAGUCUCCUGAACACUCAGAUCCAAGCUGUUUUAGCAUUUUAUUGUGCCUAAUUGUUGCCUGUAAUCUGAUUACCAGCCUGAGCUGCUUUUGCCCCUGCAGCGUAUUGCGAUGCAUUUGCUCUAUUCCCUGAGCCCAAUAAUAGCCUGACAGCUCCAGUCUGUUCAGAACUGCUAGUAGGAAUCUCCUCGCUCUGCAGUACAGACAGGCCUGCUAGUGCUGUGUCUUGGUUUAAAAUUAGCUGCUACCUGUACUGUUGCUGAAACAUCAUCUUCUCCUGCAAUUAUGUUCAGGAACCGCUGGAUUUCCAACUAUGUGGGAGCCAGAAAGUACUGUGGGGACGGAUUUGAAAGUGAGCCUUCCAUCAGAUUUGGAAAUUCAAGACUAUUGCAAAGGAGGGCACUAAGCUUCCAGAAAGAAUUUUCCUUCGAAGACAAAGAACAGUUGUAUAAGAGCACACAGGACAUUGAUGCUAGUAUUUUGGCAGUGCUUCCAAAAGUUUCAGAAUUAAGAAAGCAUUUUGAACCUGAAAGCCAUACUGCUUUGGAAAUGAACAGGAAAGAGAGGAUUGCCAGGCGUUUAGAAGCCAUCGAAAGUGACACCCAGUUGCAAAGCUGUGCUGGUUUAGUUUCACAUCGCCUGCUGGAACAAGACACUCCUAGAUAUACUCGGGCCAACGACCCUUGCAGUCCAUGCGCAGCAAGAAGGUUCAGUAAAGAAGAACUUGAUAUCCAGGAGAGUCAAGACCCCUCUUCAGAGAGACAGUCCAGAGCUAGAUGUCGAGCGGAGCCCCAGUCUAUUCACACAGAGUCGACCUAUAGCUCGGGAAGCAUGGAAACUGCAGGCACGGAUUCGAAGGCAGAGAGGAUAGCCAGGUACAAGGCAGAGCGGAGGCGCCAGCUGGCAGAGAGAUACGGCAUAUCGCUGGACCACGAACUGGAAUCGGAUUUCUCCCCCAAGUACCCACGAAUGCGAAAGGGACCUGAGGCACUGGAACAACAUGCCCAAGCCUCGCAGAACAGAAAGGAGCAGGAGGAGGAGGAGGACAGAGAACUGAGCUCGCUGUACAGCACCAGGACCGGACUUGUGAGAGAGCAAAAGAUCAUGCAGUCGAAAGAGAAUGCUUUCCGGGAGAGCAUGGACUGCUUUUCCGACAGGGAGAGGAUGAUGAAUCUGGAGAACUACAAGAGGGCACAGGAUCCGGGAGCCCAACCAUGGGUUUAUGGGCAACCGUCGUUUACAGAUGUUUCCACCACCGCCGCAGUCCCGGGGAAAGACUUUUCUACAGGCGAGGUGCCAAGCUCACCCAGGCAUGGCAGCCGGUCAUCACUGCAGUCUCCACAGCAAGCCAUAUCACCGGAUGACCUGUUCAUUGAGCACCAAGCCCAAAACAUCCUCAGCAGACAAGGCCUCGUGGUAAAACCAAAGAGUGAGUGGUUUCUUCAGAAAGAUUCAGAAGGCGAGACACCUUCUCUUAUCAACUGGCCCUCCAGAAUUAAAGUUAGAGAGAGGCUGGUGAAAGCAGAAGGCGUUCGAGGAAGCCCCGAACUUGUCACAGAAACUACAGCUUCCAGGAGACAUCCACGGGUGCCAGCUCAUUACAUGCCUUUUCAGUCGGAAACUUCUGCCUUUGAUAGGGUCGCUGCUGUCCACUUGGGUGCAGUGCGCAAACCUGUGUAUGGCUUUGUCCAGCCUGCUGGCCCAGUUCAGAGUGCCAGGUUUGUGACAGUGGGAGAAAAGGGGGACAGUUGCUACCAAAGCAAUCUUCUGAUGCCAGUUGCCUCCAGCUCUGGAGCAAAACUCCAGGGUUUGAGCGAAGACGAGACCGAGAGAUGGUCCGAGCAAGAUCAAGGCUUUGGAAACCUGCUGGAGGAAAAGCACCCUGUCCGAACAGAGUGCCUCCUCAAGAGCAGGAAAGCAGUCCUGCCUUCAGAAAUCCGCAAGAGAGAGAAGAACCAGGAGGACCCCUGCAGGGUCCUGGAAGAGGAGCAGCCCAGUGUUGCUUCACACGUUGGACAAAGGCCAAGCCCGACCUUCGAAGAGCUUCCCGGAGCGGUGGAAACCUCAAAGCAGCAGACCCAAACGAAGGACAGCAUGGAAAGAAGCGAGGCCGUCCUGUACUUUCAGAGGGGAUCAGCGUUGGCUCCGGAAACGCAAAGGGGUCCGAGCCAAGAUGCCUCGACAACGAAGCACAAAAUGCUGACGCGCUCCAUGUCAGAUUUUGGAGUGGCGCAGAAGGUGCCAGUCUUCAGAAAUCUAGAACUGGCCCCAAAGAGAGAGUUGUUGAUCCACAGUCCUGAAGCCAGUCAAGUGCAAAACGGAGAACUCGGCUCAGUAGACACACGGGUGUCGGUCUCCCAGCUCAGACACUCCUACCUGGAAACAGCCGCUUCCAGCAAGAAACAAGAACUGGAAGCUGAGGUACAGCUGGCAACAUCAGGUCUUGAUUUGGCUUCCAAAACUGAGCGAGAAAGGGGUGCUCGGAAGCCAAGGUGCUAUAUUUCUCCUGGGGAAAGUAGAAAGACCUCUGAAAGGUUUAGGACUCAGCCUGUCACUUCAUCAGAGCGACUGGAAUCAGAUAGGUCAUGCCUUGGUCCUGAAAAUAAUGAAGCGGACGAGGAGAAGCUUGAUGAGAGAGCCAAGAUGAGCGUUGCUGCCAAGAGGUCACUUUUCAGGGAAUUGGAAAGGAGCAUUGACUCUGCUCCCGUUCCAAAGCCUCGUUCUCGCAAUGCUGCUGUGGAAAGACGCCUGAGGCGCACGCAGGAUCGCUCGCGCACGCAGCCCAUCACCACUGAGGAAGUAGUCAUCGCUGCCACCGUACCAGCCCCUGCCUCGCAAACUGCGACUGUCCACACAACAGUAGCGAGAAUCCCUAGUCCCACUGUAGUAAGCACCAGUGUGCAAAGGAUCAGUUUGCAAGCAUCUUCACAGCAGAAUGCUUUAGCAAGAGAGCAGGCCAGGGAAGCCAAAGGUACCACUGAAGAACAAGGACCAGAUGAGCCUGACCUUUCAACUCUCAGCCUGUCAGAAAAGAUGGCCCUGUUCAAUCGCCUGUCACAAACGAACACCAAAGUGGCGUCCAGGAGCAGAGCCGAUCUCCGUCAGAGGAGGGCGAACACACGUUACCAGACACAGCCCAUCACACUGGGAGAAGUCGAGCAGGAAAUAGAGCCCCAAGUUCCUCCCCCCAUGGCCUAUGGCAUUCCAGAAUACCUGCAAAGAGAGAUGCACUCUGUACAACUGCAAAACGGAGCAGGGGGAAAGAUAGGACCUUUAUCACCAUCUAUUGUGAAAUCAGUAGCAGGAGCAACUCAGGCUGCCACGUGGUCUACAACUUUAGCCGGAGAUCUACAACUUGGAAGAUCCAAAGCAGUGAGAGAGGAGAGUUUGUCCUCCACCCAGGGGCUGCACAACAGAUCCAUACCCAAGCACCACAGCACUGCAACCAGCGCCGAUCUCUCUGUGAAGAGUGUGGCAGUUCCGGAACUCAAACCUUUACACUUAACAACUGAGAAGCAGCAGCCAGAGAUCACAGGGGUGUUUCAGAGCUACUCUGUUGCUGAACAGCAACCGGCAGAACUGAUAGGAGCUGUAGCACAGGAAAGCAGCAUCAUCAGCAGCAAGGUUAAGCACCGAUCUACCGAGGGAGACGGUAAGCAGCAGCAGCAGCAGCAGCCCCCAGCACAGCCAAGUGGGAGCGAGAGAGUUGCAGAGAUCAGGGAGCUGAGGCACGACGCUCCCAGGAGAAGCAGCAGGGAACAGCUCAGCCCUGAAGCCUUUCAGCCGGCAGAGCCUCAGGGUUUCCUGAGAUCAGAAAGUGGCGCUGUGCUGGAGAGACAGGAGGCAAGGGGGAUUCUUAGAGAAAGGCAACCCUCGCAGGACCUGUUUGAGUCUGAGAGUGUUCGAAAAUCCAAGACAAUCGUAUCAGAGCUGCUGGAACCCACUGCUUCACUCAGAGCGGUGUCUACAACAGCAAGGAGUGCCUCUCACACUUCCAAUGUGCUGCCCUCCAUACUGCAGCCUUCAGAGCUCACUGAGGACAGGGGCUACGGUGUGCAGUCUGAGCUCAUCUCUGCCAAGGAAAACCAGGCUGAAACCAGUGAAGAACUUCCUGACAGCAUGACUUCCAAACAAAUGUCCAUCAAAGACAGGCUAGCCCUUCUCAAGAAGAGCGGAGAAGAAGAUUGGAGGAACAGAAUCAACAAAAAGCAGGACGUUGUCAAAGUGGUCGUUGCUGAACACCAGUCACAGCUAUGGGAAGUCAAACAGAGCUUCAAAAAGAAGGAGGAAGGAGUGAUUAUUGAUGACAGUUCUGUGUCUAAUCUGCUCUGGGAACCUGUCUUUGCGUCUACUUAUUCUCCUACUGUACCUAAUGGCCAAAAAUAUCAGUAUAUUGUACCUUAUAACCAGGUCAGUCCUCCUAAUGUUAGGGAGUCAAGUCCCCUAAUGGUUGAUGACCGUCAUCCUUGGAGAUGGAAGCAGAGAAUGGGAGACGAUGUUGAAUCCCAGAUGUCCAUUGGAGAGAGGAUGCAGCUCAUAUCUGCCCGGGAAGAAGCCUGGAAGCUCAGGGGCAAAGGGGCAGCCAAUGACUCCACCCAGUUUACUGUUGCUGCGCGAAUGGUCAAGAAAGGAUUGGCAUCUCCUUCGGCAAUAAGUCCUGUUGUAUCACCAAACAGAAUAAAGAACACCACACCUGCCAUUUCCAAACCUCAAGAAGAAAUUGAAGCCAGGCCUGAUAUGCAUCUGGAGUCUGACAGAAAGCUUGACAAAUUGGAGUCUUUCUUGGGCCGACUUAACAAAGUGGGUGGAAUGCAAGAGACAAUGCUAACAGUGACGGAAAAGUCUGUAAAAGAGGUGAUGAAGUUGGACGAUGAUGAAAUUUUUGCCAAAUUCUACCGACCUUUAGAAGAUUUCUCCCAAUUGCCCAGAGAUUUCGAUAUUGCUGAAGAUGAUUUUGACGUCAUCUUUGACCCUCUUACACCAAAGCUCACCUCUGCGGUGGCAGAACACAAGCGAGCUGUGAGGCCGAUGCGCAACGUUCAGUCAUCCAGAAACCCACUGAAACUGCUCGCUGCGAGAGAGGACAUCUACCAGGAAUACACAGAGCAGAGGCUCAACAUCGCCUUCAUGGAGUCCAAGAGGAUGAGAGCGGAGAAGAUGACCAAGAAUUCCGGUUACUCAGAGGUGGCACUGGCUGGACUGGCCAGUAAAGAAAACUUCAGCAGCGUUAGUCUCAGGAGUGUCAAUAUAACUGAGCAAAUGUCCAACAACAGUGCUGUGCCGUACAAGAAACUAAUGCUGAUGCAGGUCAAAGGGCGACGACAUGUACAAACAAGACUGGUUGAACCACGAGCAUCAUCCCUGAACAGUGGAGACUGCUUCUUGCUAGUUACACCUCACCACUGCUUCGUAUGGAUAGGGGAGUUCGGAAACGUCAUUGAGAAAGCCAAGGCCAGUGAACUUGCAGGCUUUAUCCAAACAAAGAGAGACCUGGGCUGCAGAGCUGCCUAUGUGCAGACGAUAGAGGAAGGAAUCAACACGCACAGCCACGCAGGGAGAGAGUUCUGGAAACUGCUGGGAGGAGAGUCCAACUAUCAGGGUGCUGGAAGCCCAGAGGAAGAUGAGCUCUAUGAAAGUGCAAUAGUAGAAACUAACUGCAUUUACCGGCUGGUGGACGACAAGCUUGUCCCAGUCGAUGACUUCUGGGGUAAAGUGCCGCGGUGCACACUGCUGGACUCCAAAGAGGUGCUUGUGUUCGAUUUUGGGAGUGAGGUGUACGUGUGGCAUGGGAAAGAGGUUACUUUGGCUCAGAGAAAGGUGGCAUUCCAGCUGGCAAAGCACUUGUGGAACGGCACCUUUGACUACACCAACUGCGACAUCAAUCCCCUGGACCCGGGGGAGUGCAACGCGCUCAUACCCAGGAAAGGACAGGGACGUCCUGACUGGGCUAUCUUUGGCAGACUUACUGAGCACAACGAAACAACAUUAUUCAAAGAGAAGUUCUUGGACUGGACAGAAUCGAAGAAGCUUCCUCCAAAGAAUGGAAGUGAACAGUCCACUGAGCAGAAGCACGAGCAGCACAGUCACGAGUUUAAGCCGUACAGUGCAGCGCUGAUGCUACCAGUGCCCAAGACUCCAGUGGGCACAGUGCUGGAUGGCAUGAAUGUUGGGCGCGGUUCGGGGUUUGUGGAAGGGGAUGACAGGAGGCUGUUUGAGAUCACCACUCAGUGCAUAGAUGUGUGGCACAUUCUGGAGUUUGACUACAGCCGGCUGCCCAAGCAGAGUAUUGGGCAGUUCCAUGAAGGAGACACGUAUGUGGUGAAGUGGAAGUACAUGGUGAGCGCUGCAGUUGGGAAAAGGCAGAAGCUGGAGCAGGUUCGUAGUGCUGGCGCUGGGAAGGAGAAAUGUGCCUAUUUCUUCUGGCAGGGGCGGCACUCGACAGUGAGCGAGAAGGGGACAUCUGCUUUGAUGACAGUGGAGCUGGAUGAGGAGAGGGGAGCUCAGGUUCAGGUGUUACAAGGAAAGGAGCCCCCCUGUUUCCUGCAGUGUUUCAAUGGAGGGAUGAUUGUGCAUUCAGGGAAAAGGGAAGAGGAAGAAGAAAAUACGCAAAGUGACUGGCGGUUGUACUGCGUGCGAGGAGAGGUCCCGGUUGAAGGGAACUUGCUGGAGAUGGCUUGUCACUGCAGCAGCCUGCGCUCCAGGGCUUCCAUGAUCCUUCUCAGUGUCAACAAAGCCAUUAUCUAUCUGUGGCACGGCUGCAAGGCUCAGCCACACACCAGGGAUGUGGGAAGGACUGCAGCCAACAAGAUAAAAGAACAGUGUCCAUUGGAAGCGGGGCUUCACAGCAGCAGUAAAGUGACAAUACAUGAAUGUGAUGAGGGAGCAGAGCCAGGAGGAUUCUGGGAAGCUGUCGGAAAGAGAGACAGGAAAGCUUAUGACUGUAUGUUGCAAGAUCCUGGUAAAUUCAACUUUACUCCACGUCUGUUUAUCCUGAGUAGUUCUUCUGGGGAGUUUCUUGCAACAGAGUACCUUUAUCACUCGAGGCAUGCAGAGCUAGUGAAUUCUUUGCCAUUCUUACAAGAAGACCUUUACACUGCCCCACAGCCAGCUCUGUUUAUGGUCGACAAUCACCACGAGGUUUACCUGUGGCAGGGCUGGUGGCCCACAGACAGUGAGACUGCGGGCUCUGCUCGAAUCCGGUGGGAUGCAGACAGGAAGUGUGCCAUGGAGACUGUGUUGCAGUACUGCAGAGAAAAGAACUACAAUAAACCUCCCAAGUCCUACCUGAUCCACGCUGGGAUGGAACCCCUGACGUUUACCAACAUGUUCCCCAGCUGGGAGCACAGAGAGGAUGUUGCGGAAAUCACAGAGAGGGAGGCGGAGUUGUGCAGUCAGAUCAUCCUCGUGGAGGACGUGCUGGCCCGGCUGUGUAAGACACACUACCCCCUGGAUGAGCUGCUGGCCAGGCCCCUCCCAGAGGGUGUCGACCCCUUGAAGCUGGAACUCUACCUUUCAGACGACGACUUUGAGAAAGCGUUAGACAUGGUGAGAGAAGAAUAUGAGGCGCUUCCUGCCUGGAAACAAGUGAAAGUAAAGAAAGCCAAAGGCCUGUUUUGAGUGGCGUGCAGCCCCGAUGCGUCAGGCCCACCAUGACUGUGCUGGAACAUUACAGAAAGAAUUUAGGUUAUAGAUGUACCUGACUCUACUAGUUUGUAAUAUAUUGUUUUCUGUUGUAAAUGUUUAGGAGACCCCUAAGCAUUUUUUUUUUUUUCCCAGUGCAGUCGAUUUUCAGGUUCAGGGCAGCAGUGCUUUUAUAUUCAUAGACCUUGUACACAUUUACAUUUAGCAGUUGUCCCAAAGACAUCUGCAAGAUAUCACUCGGCCACAUACUGCCUACCAAUUUUUGAUAAGAUUCUCUUUGUAAGGUGUUAUUUUGUGUGUGUUUGUGCAUUAUAAAGAAUUUUAUAUUUAUAUAAACACCUAGGAAGAACAAAAAAAUAUAUAUUCUCUAUAAAGGGUUUGUGUCAUAUCCUGAUAUGUAGUAGAAACAAAAUGUGUAUAAAAAUGCUAUAUAUAUAUAUAUAUAUAUAUAUAUAUAUAUAUAUAUAUAUAUAUAUAUAUAUAUAUAUAAAUAUCUUGAGCAUUCUGAAAUAAAAUGUUUGUAUUUUUAAAGGCAUGGAAUUAAUGAAAUCACAGUGUAUAGUGCCUUGUAUUCGUGUACAGUUUAUAUACAGAACUAUAUUAGUCUGCAUUUUGAAGAUGUGUAAGGAUGUCAACGAUGAAAUGUACUUUGGUCAUUUUAGAAACGACGCUAGAAUAAAGACAUCUUGAACUACAACAUUUGUUGUAAAAACUAAUCAUGUUCCUUUGCGAUAGAAGAAAUUAGAAAAUAAAACGUGCAGAAAUAAAAACUCAA